UGUUUACAAAUUCGCAGCAUGACUUAAAUUCUUGACGGCUGCUAGAAACUCCAGUGUACGGCUACGUUGUAARCAGACUUCUAGUCAUUCGAAGAACAGUGAUUACUUUGCGGAGGAGGCUGGUAAAACCUAAUAGAGAAAUCGUGAGGCAGACCAAAUUGGGCCCCAGACGGCUCGUGCUUCCUGACCAACAGUGCAGACAACGUGCUGCGUGUCUACAACCUCCCCCCUGAGAUCUACAGCUACAACUGGGACCUGCUCACGGAGAGGGRGCCACUAACUCACUACAUCACUGAUCUUCACUCCUGAGUCCAGUGUUGAAGAUGGCAGAGGGGGAAACCAUCUAUGACUACUGCUGGUAUCCCAAGAUGAGUUCUCUGGAUCCAGACUCCUGCUUUAUAGCCGGCAGCAGUCGUGAUAACCCGGUCCAUAUCUGGGAUGCGUUCAACGGGGACAGCUUCAGACCCUACAACCAUCUGGAUGAGCUGACCACAGCCCACUCCCUCUGCUUCUCCCCAGACGGGUCACAGGUCUACUGCGGCUUCGACAAGACUGUCAGGGUGUUUUACACAGACAGGCCUGGACGGGACUGUGAGGAGAGGCCCACUAUAGUGAAGAAGCAGGGUCAGUGUGGCAUCAUCUCCUGCAUGGCGUUCAGCCCGMGCCAGUCUGUGUACGCCUGUGGCUCGUACUCCCGCACCGCAGGCCUCUACUCCUGCCAGGACMGCUCUCUGCUGGCCCUGCUGCCACCCAGGCACCACYGGGGCAUCACACACCUCGCCUUCUCACCCGACGGACACUACCUGUACACUGGCGGGCGCAAGGACCCAGAGAUUCUGUGCUGGGAUCUGAGAGACCCGGGCAAGGUUCUGUUCUCUCUGAAGAAAGUAGCCACCAACCAACGUAUCAACUUUGACCUGGAUGCGUCUGCCCGGUACCUGUUGAGUGGCGAUACAGGGGGGYUGGUGUCAGUGUGMGACARCCUCACAGCUCCCCCCGAUGGGAAUGAGGAGGUACUGCAGCCUCACCUCCAGUUCCAGGCUCAUGGGGACUGCACCAACGGCAUCAGUGUCCACCCCUUCAUGCCGUUGCUGGUGCCAACCAGCGGGCAGCGCCAGUUCCUCGACCCGGGGSACAGUAGCGACGGAGACUCCUCCGACUCGGGUUCAGAGGGUGAUGUUAUGAUAUCACCAACCCCAGAGGUCAGACAGGACAACGCCCUGACUCUGUGGUGGGUCGGACCACUCAGCCCAGCCAGCGAGGUGGGGCAGGAGGAACCAGCACCUAUGGUGGUGAUUGAUUGAUGGUGGAGUAGCCCAAGUCAAACCCCUCUCCUCAGGACUGAACCAAAUGUAACUUCAAACUGCCACUGAGUAAAGUUUACUACAAUAUUGGGAGUACUUUUUCUGUUGAGUAUGCAAACCAGUGUGUUGAGUCCCUUGGAUUCAGCGAACAACAGUUUCCCCGGUCUCGAAGCCAAGGUACAAACUAUGGUGAAUGCUAACGUGUUAUUAGGAAUUUUUGGUAACAUGCUACUAAGCUAACUGAGUUCUUUCCCAUUUCAAACUACAUGUAAUUGUAAAACCACAGCCAGACCAGGCCCACUGUUUUGGAGGAGCACAGUGUACAUUGUGUUGUGUCUAUUUUCCACUCAUGUUUCUCCAUGGGAGUGUUCCGUUGUUUACCUUGUGUUAGUCUGUAUAGCCUMGUCCCAGAUAUGUCGGUGUUGUUUUAUGGUCAUUAUUUAGCAUUUCAAUCAAACAGAUCUGGGWUCAGGCUAUUGUCUACAGUCCUGCCCAGAAUAACCCAAUACAGCUAGUUUAAGUGCAAUUCAGAGCUUUGAUUUGUGAAUAUUAUUUUUAUUGUUCUAAGUGCCAAGGUGUCGCUAUACGUGCGUCAGUAAAUGUAUAUUUUUCUAUAGCCAUGAUGAAUAUUUAGUUUCUGAAUGUAUUAAAAUCYGUAAGCAGUUGGCAUAAUUGCUGUAACCACAAACAAAUGGAUACUGCAAUCGUCUUUUUAUAGUGAAUGCAAAGUCCGUGAGAGAUGACACAUCAACAUUGUUCCUUUUAUUUGAUUUUCCCAGCGAUUCAACAUGACACUCAGUAGAGGAUUUACUGSGCACGGCCGGUGUUCCUUUACAGUCCUGUGAUUUCUUGUGGCAGUGUGGAUAAAAUUAUCGACAAUAUUUGUAUAUGUAGAAUGCCUGCUAUGCUGCUUUUGUGUUGUAGCACAACUUAAGUUUGUAUAAGUUAAUUUGAUAGAUAUAGUAUUUUUUUUUUUAAAGUUAUCCAUUGCAUGUUGCUGUCUAGUUCGUCUYCAAGUUUAGGAAGAGGC